CUUGCAGACCCCAACCACACCCAGUGGCAGAUGGAUUUCUUUGUAACUGGCUUUCUCACUUGUAGGGUCCAUUUUGAGUCUAUUCUUAACAUGGUGUCCUCAUUGUCAAGUAGACAGUCUCUUCCUAGAUGGAUAUGGUAAUGGAAUAUAUGUAGGGUGAAUGUAUAUGAGGUAAAAUGUUGUAACUUAGGAAGAGCAACAAAACAGAUGUGGUAGCUUUAAGGUUCAGAAUACAAAAGUUUAGGCUCAGUUUUCUUUUUAGGUUUAAAUUUGGGGCGUUUAGUGUUUGUGAUCUAUUUUAGUGAAAACAUUCGUGUAGUAUGUUUGGAUAUCAAAAGUCUAAAAAAACACCAGAAAAAUAAAAUAAGUCAAUAUUUAAGGAAUUCGUAAGAAUGCUUGAACUUUGUGUGGCUGUAGCAAUGGUGAAACAAGACGCCAAACUGUACAUCAGGGUAGGAAUUUCAUUAACUAGAGCGUCUGUGUGUUAGGCCUAGUUUACUGUUUUUUUUUUUUUUUCUUUUUUCUUUUUUAUGCAGCAAGGGAUCGGAUUUGAGUGUACUCUAAAAUUAGUAUCCUCAGGUUGAACAGAUAGAAACCACUUAAAUCGAUGCAAUGGAAUACCCUGACCUCUUUUUAACUGCAAAUCCAUAGAAAUGGAUUAUCUUUCAGCAAAACUAUAUGUUUCUGAUAUUCAUGAAGAAAGGCAUUGCAUUGUAUUAACAUUUUUCAGGCGUUAGCAUUUCAUGAGUAUGGUAAGUGUAGUAGACCCCGUUAUUUUUGUUAAAAUCCUCAUAAAUAAGAUGAUCCCCAGGUUUAGAAAAUUAUUAACAAAAGGGAAGGGAGGGAUAAAAUAAAAGUAUCUAACCUGUAUUGCACAUCCAAAUUUUUCUUUAUUUUUUGCAGUGAAAGUAAGUAUAAAUACCAAUUCAAAACGUUUUAGAUAUGGUUUUAUGGAAGGGUAAAAGGAUCAACAACCAUGAUGAAUACCUACUAUGUGCAUUGAUAAUGUAUGAGCUUUUAAAUGGCUGAGAUUUUUUUAUCAUCACACUUAAAAUCCUAUCCUAUUCUCUGGUAAUAGUGUGUUGCGGUCCCAAGUUUUUAUAUCUUGAAGCAUUCCAGAGGAUAUAUUUUAGCAUAAAUACACAAUUUGACUUUAAAACAUACUUUAAACAUGUCAUUUAAUGUACUUUUAUUCUUUACUUUUCUGUUUGGAAUUGUUCUUACUGAAGCAAUGUUUGCUUUAGAUCACUUAAUACAACUUUUUUUUUGAUGAUAAAAGACUUGAGGGUUUUUUUGCUCAGUUCCUUUGGGUACUCUACUAAAAGUUUUGUGAUAAAGCACUAUAUAAGCAGAAGAAAAGAAUUGUAAUAAAGUUGAAGUUUUUAUUAAUUAUCUGAUCCCAGGUGUGUAGAGGCUGUGAAUGUUUCAGUUCUACAUGGGGUAUUGACUUUACAUGGUCAGCAAUAUACAUGGGAUACUAGCACAAUGAGUAUUAAGAGGUAGUAUUUUGGUAGUAGGAUAUCUGGGGUGGAAUCAGAUCUAGAUUGUUCUAAGAUUGUGAUAUUGGGCAAGAUUCAUUUUCCUGAUCUUGUAAUAAAUGAAUUGGAUGGAGUCUGAGCUCCCUUCUAAGCUUUGAGUUUUCUGAUUUUUAUAAAUUUAUGAUGUUAUCAUGGAGUAGCAAUGAUGGGUUAUUUGCCUAAGGGCAGAGAGGUUUUUUUGUUCCUUUCAAAUUUAAACACAUAGGUUGAAUAUGAAGCAUAAUUGAAUCACGAGUAUAAAAACCAUUUUACUAACAGUUUAUGCAGUCAGUUUUAAACUCUUGGUCUUCAUUUCCAGAUAUCGUCUCUUCUUUUGACCACUGUUCCUGAUUGUGGCUUUGUCCAAGCAUUAAAUUGCGUGCCUUUUGUUCCUUGAAGAAGGAGGUAUGGUACAGAUUGAAGUAUUACAGUAUGUAGUCUAUUAAGCACUGGUGCUAGCAACUCCCAGCUCGGCCGCUGGACCUAGCUCAAAACUCUGGAUUCAUUCUCUUCCUUCCCGUACCUCAGCCCGAGCUUUCUGUCUCCCCAAAGGGUACCACAUGAUUUUCCUCUCAAGUCCUCACUUCCUUGAAUCCCAAGAUGAAGAAACGAAGACAGAGAUUGAGACUUGUCUAGAGUAACACAAACCAAUGACAGAACCGAGGUGCAGAGAAGUCGAAGCCUGCCUGGUGUCCCAGAGAGUGGCUGCAGGUAGAGCUUGUAGCUGCUGACUUCCUGCUUAGCGCCAUCUCUGCUUCCAACUCUUACCUCUUGGUGAGUUAAUGUGGGAAAAAUCCUCGUAUUUUGAAGAUGUCUUGCAACAGUAUUGUUUCCUGUUUAAGUUACAAAUAACUUCAGUUUUUAGAGAAAAAAGAAAUUGGGGUUUUUUGUUAAAUCAUGCCAUCUGAACAGAAGCAGUUAUUUUUUGAUGAAAAACAAACUAUUUUAAAAAAAGAUUAUGAUGUGAAAAAUGAGAUAGUUGAUACUAUUAGAUCAGUGCUUAGGCCAAAAAUUUCAGAAAGUCGUUUUCAUUAUGAACUAAAAAAUGUGAAAAUCGAUUUGCCGAAGAUAAAUAUUCCAAAUGAAGUCUUUUUGAAACAUGAAGUUGACAAAUACAGAAAGUUAUUUCAGCGUCAACCACAGACUGCAAGAAAAUCUAUCAGUAUAAAGACUGUAAGCUGUGUAGAGGAGUGUAUGCUGCUCCAGAAGUCUGAGAGAGUUGAAGAAGAGGGUUUAAAAAUGUCGGCAAAAAUACUCAAUUUCAACUGUUUAAAAUGCCGAGAUAGCACUCGAUAUAGCCCAAAUGAUUUACAGAAACACUUUCAGAUGUGGCACCGUGGCGAAUUACCUUCAUAUCCUUGUGAAAUGUGCAGUUUUUCAGCAAAUGACUUCCAGAUAUUUAAACAACACAGACGGACACACAGAAGCACUUUAGUAAAAUGUGACAUUUGUAACAAUGAGAGUGUGUAUACUUUAUUAGACUUGACAAAGCAUUUUACAUCCACACAUUGUGUAAAUGGUAAUUUUCAAUGUGAAAAGUGCAAAUUCUCCACCCAGGAUGUUGGCACAUUUGUUCAGCACAUUCAUAGACAUAAUGAAAUCCAUUAUAAAUGUGGUAAAUGCCAUCAUAUAUGUUUUACCAAAGGAGAGCUUCAGAAGCACCUUCACAUUCAUUCUGGUACAUUUCCUUUCACUUGUCAAUAUUGUAGCUAUGGUGCCACUAAGAGAGAGCACCUCGUAAGACAUGUUAUAACUUUGCACAAAGAACACUUAUAUGCAAAAGAGAAACUGGAAAAAGACAAAUAUGAAAAAAGGAUGACAAAGACUUCAGGACUUAAGCUGAUACUGAAAAGAUACAGAAUAGAUGCAUCAAGGAAGACAUUCUGGAAACGCAAGAAGAUCAACAAUGGAAGCGACCGAAGUAUAGAAAAAAACACUCAAGUGCUAAAAAAACUGAACAAAACACAGGCUAAAUCUGAAGACCAGAGCCAUCUUGUUCAAGAACAUUUAAAUGAAGAAAAGGACGAAAGACCACACUGUGAGAAUAACGAUAAACCUGCUGAGUUAGGGUCAGAAAAGCCAACUCUUCUGUCCACUGGGCAAUAUAAUAGAGCUGAAGAGGGAUCACAUUCGACUCUAGGUUUCUUGAAGACCGCUGUACAAGGACCUACAGUGUUGAUGGUGAAAAAUAAUAGAAUAACAAUUCCUGCUAACUACAGUGCUGAUUUUAUGGGUUUUAAGAUGGUGGAUGGAAAACAACAUAUUGUAAUAAAAUUGUUGCCUACCAGUAAACAGAAUUUAUAUUCACCAGGCUCACAGCCAGAUGCUGCAAAGGAUGGUACUGGCAAUUUGCAGCCCCAGACACUGGACACUACUGGAUUUUUAGCAGGAGUAACAACUGAGUUAAGUGACACCGUUUACAUGAAAGCAACUACUCCAUUUUCGUGCUCAUCUCCUCUACUUUCAGGGAAAGUCCUAUCAGAAAAAGAAAUGGCUUUGCUAUCUCAAACGGGUAAUAUGCUUCAAACAGUGGAUGAUGAAAAAAGUGUGUCGUCCUUGUCAGCAUCAGGAUUGGUUACAGCAUCAGUGAAUUUGGCCACAAAAGUUGAAACAAAAGAUAAUAUUGACUUAUGGGGAAGUUACAUUCCUCAGAGUCACCCUGAGAUACCAGGUGCUGCCAUUAGAAGUCCAGAUAAAGUCAACUCUGCUACCAAACAAAAUGCAUACAACAGCGGAGAUAUGCAUAACUAUUGCAUUAAUUAUGUCAGCUCUGAGUUACCUGUUGAAUCUUCCAACCAUGGAUCAUUACCCUUUCAUAAUUACUCAAAAGUAAAUAAUUCUAAUAAACGUCGUAGGUUUUCAGGAACAGCGGUGUCUGAAAAAGAACCCUCAUCAAGCAAAACGGUUGUUCAGCAACCAAUAAGUGAAUCGGUUUUAUCUUUGGUGCGAAAGGAGAGCUCAAAUCCGGAUAGCAUGUUAGCAUCUCUUAGCCUGUUAAAUACUAAAGAUGGAACUUUAAAAAUGCAAGCUGAAAUUGAAGAACAAUGUGUGUUAGAAAAAGGACAAAACAUUGACGGACAGAACUUCUACACUAAUGAAAAUCAAAAUUUAGAGAAUAUGACUGAAAAAUCUAAGUGGGAUGACAUUUCUAAUGUUGAGUCACCUAUGAUGCCUAGAAUCACAUCUGUUUUCUCUCUCCACAGCCAACAGGCAUCAGAAUUUUUGCCCCCUGAAGUAAACCAGUUACUUCAGGAUGGGUUAAAAACAAAAUCUGAUGUAAAACAGGACUCUAGUAAGACUCCAGAUAAAGGCCUGCCACUUCAUUGUGACCAGUCAUUUCAGAAACCUGAGGGAGAAGGCAAAAUAGUUGAAUCUUCAAAAGACUUCAAAGUACAAGGCGUCUUCCCAAUUCCAUCUGGUGGUAUAGGGAUUAAUGUGCCUAUAAAUGAUCUGAAUUUAAAGUGUAGUGGAAAAGAAAAACAAAAUCUGUCAAUAUCACAAGAUGUGAGAGAUUCAGAAAAGGCACCUAGAAUUUCAGGUAUUGGCACAUUACUUAAGACUCAGUCAGAUGCAAUAAUAACACAGCAGCUCGUAAAAGAUAAACUGCGAGCCACUACACAAAAUUUAGGUUCUUUAUAUAGGCAGAGUCCACUUCUAAAUUCAGAACCAAAAAAAGCUAUAUUUGUUCAGACUCCAAAAGGCUUUUUUGUACCACUGCACAUUGCUAACAAGCCUGGAUUACAUGUUGUUUCAGGAAGACCACUUCCAUUGGUUAACACACAAGGUGUACCUGCUUCUCUUCUUUUAAACAAGAAACCCGGGAUGAUUUUAACAUUUAAUCAUGGGAAACUUGAAGGUGUUUCCACUGUCAAAACUGAGAGUGCUCAAGCUUGUGGAACUACAGCUAAGGAGCCUUGCAGAACACCUUUUUUAAAGGUGGAACCAAACAGUAAUUGUCUGACACCUGCACUAUGUUCCAGCAUUGGCAGUUGCUUGAGCAUGAAAAGUAGUUCCGAAAAUACUCUGCCGUUAAAAGGCCCGUACAUUAUUAAAACGUCAGCAAGUUCUUCAGUGAAAGCUGUUCCUACUCCUAAUGUAGCUUCUGAGCACCAGGGCACCAAGUUGAAUAUUUUGGAAUCAGUAAAACAGCAGAACGAGAUUUUUCCCAAACCACCUCUUUAUACCCUCUUGCCUGAUGGCAAACAAGCUGUUUUUUUAAAGUGUGUGAUGCCAAAUAAGACUGAGCUGCUUAAGCCUAAAUUAGUCCAAAAUAGUACGUAUUAUCAAAACAUACAGCCAAAGAAACCUGAAGGAACACCACAAAAAAUAUUGCUGAAAAUUUUUAACCCUGUUUUAAAUGUGACUGCUGCUAACAAUCUGUCUGUAAACAACUCUGCAUCCUCAUUGCAGAAAGACAAAGUACCAUCUAAUCAGACUACAGGAGGAGAGCAGAGAGAGCCAGAAUCUUCUAGAGAUGCCUUACCCUUCUUACUAGAUGAUAUGAUGCCAGCAAAUGAAAUUGUGAUAACUUCUACUGCGACAUGCCCAGAAUCUUCUGAGGAACCAGUGUGUUUCACUGACCGUUCAGAUACCAGGGUGUUAAGGUGUAAAACAAAUUGUACAAUUGAGAGAAGCUUCGAUAGAAAAAAGACUUCCAAAAAAAAUUUUCCAAGAAUAAAAACUCAUGUAAGAAGUAAAGAUUCUGAAACUGCCUUUGUACCUAGAAACAGGAACUGUAAACGAAAGUGUAGGGAUAGUUACCAAGAACCUCCAAGAAAAAAGGCAACAUUACAUAGAAAGUGUAAAGAAAAGGCAAAACCUGAAGCUGUCCGUGAAUCGUUUGGAUUUAGCAGACCGAGGCUUUCAAAAGAUGCAGUCAGAACUUUGCGGCUUUUCCCAUUUAGUUCCACACAGCUUGUGAAAUGUCCUAGGAGAAACCAGCCAGUUGUAGUUUUGAAUCAUCCUGAUGCAGAUGCCCCAGAAGUAGUAAGUGUAAUGAAAACUAUUGCUAAAUUUAAUGGACGUGUACUUAAGGUUUCAUUGUCAAAAAGAACUAUCGAUGCUUUACUGAAACCGGUUUGUGGUAAUGCUUCACAAACAAUUUAUGAUGAUUUUUCCAAGAGGCAUAAAACAUUUAAACCUGUUAGUUCUGUGAAAGAAAGAUUUGUGCUAAAAUUAACACUCAAAAAGAUGAGCAAAAACAAUUAUCAGAUCGUGAAAACUACCUCUGAAAAUGUUCCAAAAGCUAAAUUUAACUGUUGGUUUUGUGGUAGAGUAUUUGACAAUCAGGAUGCUUGGGCUGGUCAUGGGCAGAGACAUUUAAUGGAAGCUACUCGUGAUUGGAAUAUAUUAGAAUAAUUUACUGUAGUUACCAAGGAACAGAGAAGUAAAAGGGUCUUAGAAGAAAACAGUGGGUUGAAUUACCUUAAGGUAAUUGUCUACUUCAGUAUAUACCUAAAAUUGAACAUCGGAAAGUAGGCUGUAUUUCCAUGGGAGACUAGAAAAGUUUUAUGUGGGAUAGUUGCAAAUGCUGUCACUGCACACAUAAGUUUUGAAAGAAACUAAUCACAGCACAGAUGUACCUUGAUUUAGUUUUUUUUAAGUGUGUUGUUGGGAAGUUAGGGCUAAAGAAAAUUUUGAUAAAACAGUUUUCCCAGUUUAGUUAUUUAGGGACUCUUAGUAGAGGGUAACGGCUGACAACUGCAUUCCCUCUCUUCUUCCACCAGCCUUAGGAAUCUGAUAAGUGUAGCUCCUCUGAAGAUGGAGAGAGCUCUUUCACCAUGGAGCUGAAGGAGUUCCUCAUCAUUUGUGAAGAUACACUAAGAGAGCUUGAGUAAAGAAUUUAACUUUACAUCUGCUCGAUAGAGCUGUUUUGAAGGGUAUUAGGUUCCUUAGAGUAACUAAGUACAGUUAUACCUCUUGAUGCUUGAAGAGAGUUUUUGACAAGUACAUCUUUUUUUCUCUUACGCUGUGUCCCACAUCAAGGAUUGGAAUACCCUCCCAAGGUGAUUUUCUUUUUCUAAAUGGCUGUGUCAAGCACUGUAGUAGAUGAGAAGCCUCAAAAGAAGAAUUAAACUCUCUGGGUCUAGUUUGAAGUCUAGUGAAGGAACUUGAACAUUUUUCUGAAUUUGAUGAUAAUCUCCAGUGAUUCUCUUGCACAGAACUAUGCUUAUUUGAUUUAAAUUGUUUGUCCCUCUUAAACCAAAUGGCCCAUUUUUGACUUGGUUGCCAUGCAUUUAAAAAGUGGACCAUAGACGCACUUCCAAGGGAAUGGCUUUUCUUGAAAAUAAAAAAUUAUUCUCCAGAAACCAUAUUUUGAAACAAGAUUAGCAAAGCAAAUCAGAUUUUUGCUGUUUAAUUACUGUUAGGUGUCUAAACAUGUACUCUCUGGGACAAACCAUUUUUGUUAGCACCUUUUCAGUAUGAUUGACAGCCCAAAGCAGAUUCUUUACUGCUUGUUGGCAGUUGAAAUAAAGAAGCAUUAAUAGUGGAUUCAGUGACAGUGCAUAGAAUUUCAGGACAGAUUCCUAGGGGACAUACCCAGCAGGUAGGGUUUUAAAAUGGAUAUUUUCAUGACAAUGACAGAAUCAUUGACUGAAACUUCAUCGUGUAAGUUUGGAUCAAAUUUUGUUGGAUCAUUGGAUAACGGAGUCCUUGUAUUACAAAUUACUGUAUAAUUUUUGUUAUAUUGUUACUACAAGUGUUACAACAUUUUCAUUGACUGAAAACUUCAGGGCUUCUUUUCUGUAUAUAAGAAAGAAUUUAAACCUGUACAUAUUUUUGUACCUUUCAGUUUGUUAUGUAAAUUUUGCACAGAAAAUUUUUGACAUAAAAAGUUUAUUUUCCUUCAGUUUAGUUCUGUGCAUGCACUAAUAAAACUGGUUGUUUAAUUUAAAAGGAAUAUGUAAGACUUUACCCAUGUCCUUUUCUUGGUUUUUAUUUUAGAUGUAGAAUUUUUUUUUUUUUUUUGGGUAAAUUCAUUUUUCAGGGAUUGAACACUAUUGUUAGCAAGUGCCUAAAAGAUGUGAAACAGUUUACAUAUGUCAACUGUAACAGUAGGUCCCAAAUGGGCCCAUUCCCCCAAAAGUUUUAUUUUAAAGAAAGCCAUACAUAGAUGCUUCAAGCUAUCUUGCUAUGCACAUUAUACAUGUACUUUUUUUGUGCAGUUUGUCUACUUUCCUAGUGAAGUAUUUUUUGUAUAAAACCUGUUAUAAUUGUGUUUCUUAAAUUGAGCCUAAGAAUGGAGUUGGUUGGAAAUAUACAGUAUAUAUUAAUAACGUAUAUGGUGUUUAAAGAAUGAUAAGCAUUGUUCAUUUCUGUAAUGAAAAUUUUCUUCAAUUAAAUUUAUCUUAAGUUUGUGUUUA